AUGGCGAUCAAAUCUGCUGUGAGUUAUGUAAUCAGCGAGGAACAAGAUGGAUUCGUAGCCGUUGAUUUUGACUUGAUCAACGGUCACGAUGAUGAGAUUCGCGACUGGGAGAUCGUCGACGAUUGUUCUUCGAUUGGCGAAAACAGCGAUGAUGAUGUUGAAUUUACCCGCUCCGUACAGUCUGACGAGUGUUCGUCGGAUGAAAUCGCCGUCGAAGAUUUGGAUUCGAUGCCGAAUUAUUCGCCGGAGAUGUUCGGUAGUCGCCAUCGGUCAACCGCCGCUGAUGGUGACGUCAUCGAGUAUGUACAAGGCGAAGAAGAUGAAGGUGCCGGUGAUUCGAGUGAUAAUUUGUGUGAAAAUGGAGAAGAUUUGCACGAGUUAUUCGCCGGCGAAGAUUCGAAGUCGGUGCUGGAAAAUAUAGUCGAUGAUCGGGAAAUUGACACCGUCGAGUCGAUGCCUCCGGUUAUCACCCGUAACCGUCAGGUGUAUCAUGAAUUGCUUUCUUAUCGAACGUACCGAGAUUAUGAUUACGAUUAUAGUUAUGAUCGGCGGGAGGAAGAAGAAGUUGAUUAUGAUCUAGAUGAUGAGUUAGUUCCGUACAGCGCAAAAAUGAAAUUAGGGCGUGAAAGGAUGAGGAAAUUGGGGAAAAGGUCUUGUAGUAAGUUGGUGAAAUCGAAAAGAUUGACUUAUAAUGACAACAAGGCUGGUUGUGUUCGCGGAAAGCAUGGACUUGGAUUGAAGCAUAGUUUGAUUUGA